AAGCCGUUCCAGCGCAGCUCGAGCUCGGUCCCGCUGGCGCGAGGGCGCCAGGGUCCGCUCGCUGCUGCAGCGCAGGAGCGAUGCAAGCCGUUACGCCCGUUACCCCUUGCGAGGUGGGCGAGAGUGCCGAUGGGCAUGAGACGGUAUCCGUCACCGUGCCGGACAGCGACGCCGACGACGCGGCGGCCCCGCUCGCGUCCGAGCCGAGGCAGGCCCCGUCCGUGGUCUUCCGGUGCCGCAGCGCCGUGGGCCGGCGCAGCUGCAGGGGCUGGUCCCUGGGGCUGCUGGCCGCGGGGCUCGCCGGUGCGGCGGCUCUGCUGCGGCUCGGCGCGGCGCCGCGCGGCGCCGGCGGCGCCGCCCGCGACGAGAGGCUCAGGGACACCGCGGAGGCGCUCUCCCUCUACGUGAACCUGUCGGCGGUGGAUUUGGGGGCGCCCGGCAAGCCCAGCGAGUACCUGCUGCUGAGGGGCCCGGCCAACCAGCCGAACUCGGUCGCAAUCCAGG